AUGUGGGUCUUCUCUCAAGGUCUCAUUUCUCUACCUGUUCACAUGAACCUCCCAAACUAAAAUACCACAUCUCCCCAGCUAUCUACAAAAGGAGCUUCUUUCAGAACAAUGACCGCUAGCGCGACAAGAAUUCCAUCAUAUGCCACCUAUUGCCACCUACAUGUGUCUUCCUUUGUGUAACUGGAUUUGGGUGUCCAAGCAAUCAUGCCUCCUUCGCGAAGUCCGUCCAUUAUCCGUUCAACCAGACGUUCGCUUGCAAGCCCUGCGAAAUAUAGGACCCCAUUCGAAGACUACGAAGUUAUCGUUCGGAAUCGACCUUUGCCACUCAGCGAAGACCAGAUAAUAAGGCUCCAUCAGGUUUCCCGUGACUUUGACGGGCUAGAAUUUGGAUGGCAGUUCAGGUCGAAUUAUGAGGGUUUAGAGAAACCCGAAUAUUCGCAUGCGCCAGGUCCAGGCUUGAAACCAGAAGAUCCUAGACCACCGCCUCUCAGGUUAGAAGAUUUCGAAUGCGUCAGAACACUGGGUGAGGGAGAGUCGUGCAAGGUUGUCCUCGUACGCACAGUUCGCAACGCCCACGAUUUGGACAGACCCGGCACACUAAUUGCUAUGAAAACCGUGUCAAAGAAAUACAUGCGAGAAUUCGAUCCGACUGUUCUCGUAUACGAGAAGGACAAAGAGCGUUCAGUGCUCACAGAACUUCCCUGGAAUCCUUUCGUUACCGGGAUGAUAGGAAGCUUUGUAGACUCGAAGAACGUUUACCUGGCGCUCGAAUUCAUACCUUCCGGAGACCUCAGAACGCUCAUGCGCAAUUAUGCACCUCUGCCGGACCGUGUUAUCCAGUUCUACUUCUGCGGGAUAGCUGCAGGGCUCGCUUUCCUCCACGAGCACGAAAUAGUCCAUCGCGACGUAAAACCGGAGAAUAUACUCAUCGGUCCCGGAGGUUACCCAGUUCUUGUUGACUUUGGUGUUGCGAGAAGAGUUGAGGAAGACUUUGUGAAGGACGGCACAAAACCCAGGUUGGCCGAUUGGCAUCUCGCUGGGUCAAUACUCUACACUCCCCCAGAGAUGAUACAGAUGGGUGUCGGACAGAGAGGGUCUAUUUUCUUUGGCCCCAAUGUGGACUGGUGGGCAACUGGAAUUAUCAUGUAUGAAAUGGCGACGAGAAGAUUUCCAUUCUUUGGGAGCACCAAUGAAUCUUGUUUGCGAAGGAUCAGCCGAUGCACCUAUUACUGGCCUCCUGCAGGAGAAAUCCGCGUUGGAAGGACUCUGAAGGCAUUCAUCAAUGCUCUUCUACAGCCUUACCCUAUAAAUCGACUUGGAACUUAUGGCGUACAGCAGAUUAUGGAUCAUCCCUGGAUGGCGAACGUUGAUUGGACCAAAAUUAUUUCAAGGCAAUAUGUGAUACCCAUGGAACUGGGCGAAUCUCACUUCGUCGACUCAUGGCACCAGGCACCAUUGCUCCAGCAGAGCAAUAUUCCGGGUUUAAAUGUCAAGAAACCUGAAUUAUACCUUCGGCAUGAUAAACGCUACCCACCAAAACCUAAUCAGAGAGUUGUUUCGUGAGAUUUUUCUAUAUCUAAUAUACG